CUAUGAUGUACGUAUCUAUGGCAACUUCGUCUCAAGCAGCUUUUACUUGCCUAAUUAGGAAAACCGGAGUUGGGGAAGGUACCACCUAUACUCUUAAUCGCCUUCUUGAAAGUGAUCCAAUCCUCUACAAAGCCCAAUAUGGCUCCAUUCUACGCGGUAAAACCGGAUAACGCUCUCAAGCGAGCUGAAGAGUUGUGCGCUUCAGGCCAAGAUGCCGUAGCAUUGCAGACCCUUCAUGAAGUUGUCCUGUCGAAGCGUUCCCGCAGCUAUGCGCUCAACAUUAUGGAGCCCAUCAUGCUCAAAUACAUUGAGCUUUGCGUCACGUUGCGCAAGGGCAAGAUGGUGAAGGAAGGUCUUCAUCAGUACCGUAACAUUGCCCAAAACACCAGCGUCAGCAGCAUCGAGGCUAUCAUCAACAAGCUUCUCGAAUUAUCUGAACAAAAGGUCGCCGAGGCCCGUGCCAAGGCCGAUCAGAUUGCUGUUGAAUAUAUUGACGAUCUCGAAGCAUCCGAAACGCCCGAAUCGAUCAUGCUCAGCACCGUCAGCGGUGAACAGACCAAAGAUAGAACCGAUCGCGCUGUGGUCACGCCUUGGUUGAAGUUCUUGUGGGAAGCAUACCGCACGGUUUUAGAUAUGCUUCGCAACAACGCACGUUUGGAAACGCUGUAUCACUCUGUCACCGGCAAGGCGUUUGCAUUCUGUUUGACGUACGCUCGCAAGACGGAAUUCCGCCGUCUUUGCGAAAUUCUGCGCAACCAUUUCCAAAACAUGUCGAAAUACUCGCACCAGCCCCAUUCGAUCAACCUGAACGACCCGGAGACGUUGCAGCAGUACCUCGAUGCUCGUUUCAUCCAAUUGAACGCUGCUGCUGAACUCGAGUUGUGGCAGGAGGCAUUCAAGUCGGUUGAGGAUAUUCACACCUUGUUGACCACGUCCAAACGUCCUCCUAAGCCCGUUAUGAUGGCGAACUAUUACGAAAAGCUGACCAAGAUCUUCAUGGUCGGCGAGGAUUAUUUAUUCCACUCGGCUGCAUGGAACCGCUAUUCAAGCAUCGAACGUAUGAUCAACAAGAACUUGACCGACGAAGAACAGUCGCGCAUGGCUUCGGUUGUCUUGCUCUCGGCUCUUGCCAUCCCUAUCAUCACUACCACAAAGACCCGUCCUGGCUACGUUGAAGCCAACGAGCAUCGCAUCCAGAAAUUGAACCGUUUGUCGAUGCUCAUGGGUCUGUAUCAGCACCCUACCCGUACUGGUCUGCUCAAGGAAGCUCUCAACAAGAACAUCUUGUCGCGCGUCCGUCCUGAAAUCCGUGAUCUGUACAACAUUCUCGAAGUCCAGUUCCACCCCUUGUCGAUCUGCCGCAAGAUCAAUCCCAUCAUGACCAAGCUGUCCGAAGAUCCCGACAUGGCCAAAUACGUCCGCCCUCUUCACCAAGUCAUUCUCACCCGUCUUUUGCAACAGCUGUCGCAGGUCUACACCACCGUCAAGCUCGACUUUGUCUUAAAGUUGGCAUCGUUCCCUGAACCCUACAACUAUGACGCCGCUACGAUUGAAAAGUUCAUCAUGAACGGCUGCAAGCGUGGCGAAUUGAACAUCCGUAUCGACCAUUCCUCCCAGAGUUUGAUGUUUGAGACCGACUUGUUCGCACCACCCAAAGACACUGUCACUGAAGGCAUUCAACUCCAGUCGUCGCCUGCCGAUCUCAUGCGCACUCAGCUGUCGCGUCUUGGUAACAGCUUGCAUGCCGUUGCUCAAAUGAUUGAUCCCUCGGUCAAGGCCAGCGCUGCCGAUGCCAAGAAGGAGGCUCUCGAACGCGCCGUCAAGGGCAUCGAAAAGGAACACAAGGCUACUUUGCAGCGCAAGGCUACCAUCGAACACCGCAAAGAGAUUAUCGAGACGGAAUUGUCUCGCAAAGAGAAAUUGGCUGCCCAAGAAAAGGCUGUUGCUGCUGCAAGGAAGGCCGAAGCCGAAAAGAAACGCAUGGAAGAAGAACAACGACGUCGCGAGGAAGAGCGCGUGAAGCGUGUCCAGGACGAGAUCCAGCGCGAUCAGGCCAAGCGUAUUGCCGAAGAGAUCACGGCCAAGACGGGUCUCCAGCUCAAGCCCGAAGAAAUCGAAAACUCGGAUGUCAAGACGCUGCUGGAUUUGAAGGUAUCUCGCUUGCAGACGGAGCAAAAGGAAUUGAGCGAUCGUUUGAAGCAGAUUGGCAAGCGUUUGGAUCACACCGAACGUGCCUAUCGCAAGGAGGAAAUCCCAUUGCUCGAAAAGGAUUACGAGCACCAACAAAAGGCAGAUAAGGCCUUCUACGAGGCUGCUCGCAAGGCUGAGUUGGAGUCAUCCAAGGCUAAGCACAAGGAGAACAUGAAGAUCAAGAGCCGCCUUUCACGUAUUUUGGACGAUUACAACACUUACAAGAAUAAGCAACAAGAGAAGGUGAAAAGCGUCGUCGAGGCUAAAUAUCGCGCUGCUGAAGAAACCAUUGAAAAAGCCAAGCAAGAACGCAUUAGCCAAUGGCGUGCUCAACGUGAAGAGCUUAUUAAGCAACGCGAAGCCGAGGAAGCCGAGCACCAGCAACGCGAAGAAGAAGAACGACGCAUCAGAGAAGCUGAAGAGCGCGAAGCUGCUGAAAAGCAAGCUCGACUUGCCAAAGAAAAGGCAGAGCGUGAAGAACACAACAGAAAACAAGAAGAGCAGUUGCGCAAGCAGCAACAGCGCGAGCGCGAGAUUGAAGAGAAGCUUGCCCAAAAACGCGCCGCUCCUGCAACACCUCCCGCUCCUGCUCCUGCUCCUGCUCCUGCUCACAGUGGCAGCAGCGGUGGUAGUGCCUACGUGCCACCCGCCUUGCGUAAGCAACAGGCUGCUGCUCCAUCGGCACCUGCUGAAGAUAACUGGCGUGGUGGUGGUCGGGCCCUUGGUUCAUCGUUUGGUCGUGACCGUGGCGACCGUGACCGUAGUGACCGUAGUGACCGCGAACGUCGUCCUGGUGGCGGUGAUCGCGAAGGUAGUUGGUCGCGACGUGGUCCUCCUCCCCCUCGUGAAGAGAGCAGCGGCGGUGAUCGCGAAGGUAGCUGGUCGCGACGUGGUCCUCCCCCGCCUCGUGAAGAGAGCAGCGGCGGCGGCUCACAACCAUGGCGCCCACGCAACCGUGCUCCAGGCGGCGGCUCAACCGAUGAAAAUGGCUGGAGAAAGGUUGGCAAAUAAGUAGCUCCCCGUUUUUAUAAAUCUCUGUUUCCGUUAUCACUACCCUCCGAAAUUUACGCCGACCAUCAUCACUAUUAUCACACCCUCCCUGUCUCCCCACAACACCACAAUAGUCUACUCGAAACGCAACAUUACUCUUAAGGAAAAGUUACUCUCCCACUCAUUUACUCCGUUAUCCUACGCUU